AUGAUUUUUUGUAUGUCUUUUGUAGUUAUAAGUUCAUGUACAACUCGUGAUUCAGGAGUAUAUGCGUUUGUGGCACAGCCGCAAAAAUCUAAAAGAAUGAUGUUGAAACUGUUCGCCGUGGCUAUAAAUGACAAACCCAUAUCUGUAUACAUUGGAGAUGUGGUUAGAGUGCAAUGCAACGCAGCAACACUGAGUUAUUUAUUUAACGGAUUGUCACAAGAAUGGCUGGUAAACGAUAGUUUUGUGAUAAAAAGUUAUGGAAUUAAUUCCCUCGCAUCGAUUGAUGUGGAUACAAUAACCAUAGAAAAUAAACAUUUUCAAGGCAUUUGGAAAUGUAUUGUCAAGAGCACUGAAAUGAAUAGCACUUGGGUCACAAAUAUAAUGGAAAUUAAAGUGAUUGGAUUAUCAACCAAAUGGACCAAAAUAAUGCAAGACCCUAUUAUAAAACUAUUAUUCCGAAAUAGAUCACCAAAUAUGAUCAUUUUAAUUUGUACAAUACUUAUUUCAAGUUUAUGUGUUGGUACUUGGUGCUGUGCUUAUAUAUUUAACAGAUGGCGCAUACAGUUAUUGAAAAAAAAUUCUGACGGAAUACAAAUUGAAAAUGAUAGAAUUCAUAAGAAAGUUCCAUAUCAACGCUUAUAA